AUGUCUCAAGAUACUGACCUCUCCUCGUCGUCUUUCCACGGUAGCUACGGUCUAGACCUCUUUCCCUCCGACCUACAGUCCAGUCAGCAAACCAUUGAAUCAACCCCAGCCUCCAAACCAGUACAUCCUAUGAUCUCUUCCUCCCUUGAGCGAUUCGGAAACGACUGGAUUGUUUACUCUGAAAUGAGCAAGGAGAUUUUAUCUUCUGGUGGAUUCAGACUAUCCACGGAAACGAGCUUCGUGAAAGGAAUAAGAGCUUCUGGGAUCGAUCUCGGAGUUAUUCAGAGGCGUGGAAAAGCUUUGAGCAGGUAG